UUCACUUGUAUCAAAACUGCCGCGCUGAAUAGCACCGACAUGCCAUCGCCCUCAUUCCUCGCCUCACUUUCCCGGCGAAUGGUAGGCGUGGCGUGUGUGAGGCGGAUGUGGCGUGCCGCCUUGUGGACCGCCCUGCUGACUUUGACGGUGGGUGUCACGAUUUUCGCUCCGGAGGCUGCCUUCGUCUCCGCCGUAUCUUCGUCGUCGUCGUCAUUCUCGAGAGCAUGCCCUGGGGACAACUACUUGAGGAUUCCUUUGGACGAUGUUCCUGGAGAAGUGUUGUGUAUUCCGGGAAGCAUGGUGGGGAGGUCCAAGUUUGAUUCCCCCUUGCCGGCCAUUUUCGCCGCCAUCAUGGUGGCCGGCUCUGCCUUCUGGCUUCAGUUUCUGUGCGUGUGGGAUGGUGAGAGAGGCUGAAACAUUGGUGCUCGGUAUAUUUUUAGUGAAUUCGGUAUUCAACGCAUUCGCGAAAUCUUCUGGACAUCUCCUGCUGCUGUUUCGAAUUUUGUCUUUGCUUUUGUUGUCGUUAUUGUUUCCUUUUUGGGGGGACAGGACUCUCGUCUCUUAUGAGAUCUCACUGAUCCUAUCCGUCAACAAAUAGUCACGUUUGGUUUUACUUACUGGAUCGUAACAAAUAGUAGUAAUCCAAGCAUCUUCCGUA